AUGGAGAGAAAAACACAAGAGUUAAUUGAUUUGAGUAGCGGAAUGGAGAGCUCUCGAAAAAGAAAACAACAACUAUAUCAACUUUUUGGUUCUGAUUCAUCUGAUUCAUCUACCAGCAAAGAUACUUAUAAGCCUAGACGUCAUAAAACUGGGAAAAAUGGGAGUGGUUGUGAACAGAAGUACUAUUGCCAUCAGUGCAAAAGAAAUGAUAAAGACCAUGUUGUGACCUGCAGCAGAUGUGAGAAGAAACGAUAUUGUACUUCCUGUAUUUUAAAAAACUAUCCCCAGAUGAAUGAGGUGGAUUUCCUUUUGGCAUGUCCUUUCUGCCGAGACAUCUGCAAUUGCAAGAGUUGUUUGCGCUUGGAAUUGCGCGAAAAAAAUGAAACGAGGAUCAGCGAAGAAGCCAAAAAGCAUUACUCAAAGUAUCUCCUGCGACGGCUUCUUCCAUUUGUGAAACAAAUUGAUGUAGAGCAAAGUCUGGAAAAAGAGAUGGAGGCUCAAAUUCGAGGGUUGCCAUUAUCUGAUGUCGAAGUGCAACAAGCAGACUGCUGUGACGAUGAGCGUCUAAAUUGCAACAACUGCGGAACUUCUAUUGCUGACUACCACCGCAGCUGCACAAAAUGUCCGUAUGAUCUGUGCAUCUCUUGUUGCCGGGACUUGCGUGCUGGCUCUUUGCAUGCAGGUCAUAUGGGAAGCAUGAAUCAAUAUAAGAACCCGGGGGUGGGCUACUUACAUGGUGAAACGUGUAAACCUCGAAGCAAUAGAACUGUGGGCACAUCGACUGCAACAAAGGAUGGUGGUCCCCGAAAGGCAAAAUUACCUGAAUGGAGGCCUAACAAGGAUGGUAGCAUCUCUUGUCCACCGGAGAGUUUGGGUGGGUGUGGUGGUAAAGGGAUUCUAAGGCUGAACCAGGUCUUUCAAGACGGUUGGCUUUCAGACGUGAUAUUGAAAGCCGAAGACUUAUGCCAACUGUAUAAUCUGGAUGGCAUGCCAGAAGAUCCCACACACGGGUGCUCCUGUUAUAAUUUGGCAGUUGAUGAAACGGCCACAAAGACAAUACGGAAAGCUGCUUCUCGAGACCGCUCUGAUGACAACUACUUGUACUCUCCAAGUUCUGGAGACAUUCAAGCCGGAGAUCGGAAGCAUUUUCAGGCCCAUUGGUCAAAAGGCGAACCAGUGAUUGUGACUGGUGUGCUUGACAGUACAUAUGGUUUGAGCUGGGAACCAAUGGUGAUGUCUCGAGCAAUGCAUGAUAAGUCCCACACUCGUGUGACUGUCUUGAAUUGUUUGAACUGGUGCAAGGAGGAAUAUAGCCUAAGUUCGUUCUUCAAAGGCUAUACAGAAGGUAAACUUGACUUGUCUGGCUGGCCCCAAAUGCUCAAAUUAAAUGAUUGGCCUCCAUCUGGUUCGUUUGAGGAUCACCUCCCUCGUCAUAACGUGGAGUUCUUAAGUGCUUUGCCAUUCAAGGAGUACACACAUCCACAGAGCGGCUACUUGAACCUUGCUAUCAAGUUACCUGAGUGCCAUCUGAAGCCAGACACAGGGCCAAAGCUGUAUGCCGCUUAUGGCUUUUCCCAGCAACUCAGACGUGGUGACUCCGUCUCCAAACUCAGCUAUCAUGACUCUGACGCGGUAUACGUGCUCACGCACGUCAAAGAGAUGACGUUCACUCCUUCUGAGCUUGCUAAGAUGGAACAGCUGAAGGAGAAGCACCGUGUUCAGGACGAGAGAGAAAUAUAUGUAGAGGGGGAAAUGGGGAAUGGACCGGAGCCCCAGCGGGAAGGCAAUGACACAGAAGAACUACAAAACCCGGAGAGUGGUGCCCUUUGGGACAUUUACCGCAGAGAAGAUGCUUUCAAAUUAAAAGAAUAUCUGAGAAAGCAUUUUAGAGAGUUCAGACAUACAUAUUGCUUGCCGCUAAAGCAGGUUGUUGAUCCCAUAUAUGAUGGGGCAUUCUACCUCAACGCCGAGCAUCAAAGAAGACUUAAAGAGGAAUAUGGAAUUGAACCAUGGAGUGUGGUUCAAAAUUUGGGAGAUGCAAUUUUUAUUCCUGCCGGCUGUCCUUUUCAAGUUAGAAACUUUAAGUCAUGUAUACAGGUAUCGACCGGUUUUGUGUCACCUGAAAGCAUACAUGAGUGCCUCCGUUUUACCGAGGAAAUUCGUGCCCUUCCCCUAAAGCGCGUGGCCAAGGAGGACAAAUUAGGGGUAAAAAAAUUAAUUAUUUAUGCAAUAAGACAAGUAUUGAACGACUUGGAAGAGAUUACCAAAUCGGAGACAAUGACUGAUUGUCUGGAUAUCCAUUCUGAUUCUUUAGUAGAAAGUGAUACGUGGGAAAAGAAAAAUUGUGAAAAUUUGGAAGAAUCAGCUGGUCAGGAUGAAGAGAUCACUAAUCUUGAUUUUGAAGCUCAUGGACCAAACCCGUUGGUGGGAAGAACCGGCAGAACAAGGAAAUCUGCAAAGAAACAAUCGGAAAAUAUUGGUCACACACAUUCUGAAGACCUGGAAAAGAUGAGGAAAGAAAUAGCUGCUGAAAUGGAUGACAAGAUGAAUAAGAAACUCAGGAAAAUUCUGGGGAGACUUGCAGAAAUGAAUCCCACUUUAAAUGUCAAUGUAGAAGAAUUGUGUGGCGAAACUGACGGAUCAGAUGAUGAGGACGAUGGAGAAGAAAAUGACAAAGAUGAUGAUGCUGAAGGCGAUGGGAAUGGAUCUGCCAAUGACGAAGAUGAUGAGGUCGGUUCAGAUGAUGGAGAUGACUCUGCCUAG